AUGUCUGGCUUAAAUCCAGAAAAACAUGAAUUACUUGAAAUUGCUGUUUUAAUAACAGACGGAAAUCUAAAUAUUUUAGAAGAGAAAGGAUUCGAAAGAGUUAUUCAUCAUCCAGAAUAUAUUUUGAAUUCUAUGGACGCUUGGUGUAAAAAGAAUCACGAAAAGAGUGGUCUUAUUCAAAGUGUUUUAUCGUCUCCACACACUUUAGCUUCCACUGAAUUAGAACUUUUGGAGUAUCUUCAAAAGUAUGUUUCGAAACCUAAAGUAGCGAUCUUGGCUGGAAACAGCGUUUACGUUGAUAGAGCAUUUCUCUUUCGAUAUAUUCCAAGAAUUGUAGAGUAUUUACAUUACAGAGUUAUUGAUGUUUCCACAAUAAAAGAGCUUGCUAGACGUUGGAAUUAUUAUGUUUUUCAAAAUGCACCGAAAAAAAAAGCUAAUCACAGGGCUAUGGAUGAUAUUCGAGAGAGUAUAGAAGAACUUAGAUAUUAUAAAAAAACAUGGCUUAUUUGA